AUGGCCGCCGCGACCAGCACCCCGCGCCGGUGCAAGAUGGUGGCUCAUCUAAGCAUGUGUCGCGAGCGGCCAUGGCCACCUGCGCUUCGGCCGUACGCAGUGCUGGACAUGUCUACCAGCAGCCGCAGCGGGCUUGCAAGCGUCAUGGACGUCGAGCCCAGGCACGCCCUGGCCAAUGGCGGCGCGGCGCCGCUAGUGCUGCCAAACGUCAAUCCCCACGACGCUGACUACGCCCAUGUGCCACUCGCGCCUGCCAAGCCCUCGUUUCGAUAUACGCACCACUGUCCGCCCGAGACCCUGUACAUCACCCAAAGGGUCCCAUAG